AUGAAAUUCUCAAUUGCCGUACUGUCAUCAAUCCUUGCUGUCUGCUCGGUCACAGUUGCCAAUCCAGUUGAUCCCAGUGAAAGUACAGAUGAUGAAGAUGGCAUUUCAACAUUCAUUCCCAGUGCAACUACAAGUACUGAAGAUAACACUUUUACCGGCAUUCCCACUGUAUUUAAAGGUGUCGAAUAUAAUUUUUGGAUAGAUGCUAAUCCAGACGGUAUAGGCUUGGGUGCUCUUGAUGAUCCAAUUCCAGUCCGAGAUUGGUCGUCUUACAGAAAAAAGUGGGAGACCGAUAAAAAGAUUGUGCGUCUCAUUUUCGGAACCCCUCUGGAUGUUGUAACAGUUAUUUACAAAUCUUCGCUUAUCAAAGAAACGCCUUCCGUUAAAGAUUACCUUGAACAACAAUCAUUAAAAUAUGAGAGUAUUGAUCAAAAAUCUGGUGGUCGACGAAAACGCAAAGAUUUGGAAUCAUCGGACGAAGAAUCAUCAGAUGAAGAACCGGAUGAAGAAUCCGAAUAUAAAUUCAAUCGGAAGGGUACUUUCAGUAUGCGGAGAGCUUCCUCCAAGUUUAUCACUAGAUUUGGAUCAUUUUUUCAGCAAUCCAAACGUGACGAUCCAUCCAAUUGA